AAGAAGAAGAAGAAAGAGUCUCGUCGCUGGUUAGUGACGACAUUCAAUGACCGUGAAGGGUUUGACAUGCUUUGAAGGAACCAAAACGAGGCAAAAAUGAUGAAUUUGGUUGAAUUAGUAAACACGUUACGAUGCUCUUUACUACAUAUCGAAAAAAGACUUCUCUGGGUGGCAGGAAUUGAAAGACAACUAGCUCCAUCACUGGCACUUGAUGGCCCAAGUCUCCUGCCCCAUAUCGACGAGCAGGAAGUGGACGAGCAGCAGCCGAGCUUGAAACGACCCCCUGGCGUUCUGGAUAGCAUCUUGUGGAUGGCAGCACCCAAGAAGAGGCGCACCAUUGAGGUCAAUCGAACGAGGAGAAGGGCUGAGAGCAAACUUCUCAAAGUCAAGACAAACAUAGAGCCGUGUCCAGAGUGUGGCCACUUAAAGCAGAAACACAUCAUGUGUGGCUUCUGCUAUGCUAAAGUGUGCAAGGAGACCGCGCUGAUCCGUCAUCAGAUUAAAGAGAUGGAGGGUGGCCCUCUGAAGGCACCGGCUGUGGAGACUGUUGUCCUGUAUGCGGGCGAGACGCCAAGCGAGGAGGACAAAGACAAGAGGAUAGUGGAGAGACCCAGGAAGCGGCCUGCCUGGUUCAGCCAGUAAUGCUGGUAAUUUCUGUCUGUACACAACUUCAUUUUAACACACGCUGUGUAAUGUAAUCCCACUCCGUAAAUGCUAGUUUGGCUCCUGCGAAGGAAAUAAUUUUUGUGGUAAA